AUGUUCAGAAGAAACUACACUGAAGUGACAGAAUUUAUCCUUUUAGGACUAACAAGUCGACCAGAAUUGCGAGUUGCUUCCUUUGUGUUGUUUCUGAUGAUCUACCUCAUUACUGUGGUAGGAAACCUGGGCAUGAUUAUCUUAAUCAAGAUUGAUUCCCGCCUCCACACUCCGAUGUACUUUUUCCUCUCAAGUUUAUCUGUGUUGGAUCUGUGUUUCUCUACCAAUGUCACUCCCAAAAUGCUGGAAAAUUUCUUGUCAGAGAAGAAGACCAUCUCUUAUACAGGGUGUUUGGUGCAGUGCUAUAUUGUCAUUGCUGUGGUCCUGACUGAGCACUGCAUGCUGGCUGUCAUGGCCUAUGACCGCUACAUGGCCAUCUGUAAUCCUCUGCUCUACAGUAGUAAGAUGUCCAAGAGUGUCUGUAUCCGCCUAGUCAUUGUCCCUUAUGUUUAUGGCUUCCUCCUCAGUGUCAUGGAAACCAUGAGGACCUACAACUUGUCUUUCUGUGGUGCUAAUGAGAUUAACCAUUUUUACUGUGCUGAUCCCCCACUUAUCAAACUAGCAUGCUCUGACACAUACAGCAAAGAGUUGUCCAUGUAUAUUGUCGCUGGCUAUAGCAACGUCCAGUCCCUUCUCAUUAUUCUCACCUCUUACAUGUUCAUCCUGGUGGCUAUCCUCAAAAGUCGUUCUGCAGAAGGGAGAAAGAAGGCUUUUUCCACCUGUGGCUCCCACUUGACAGUGGUCACUAUCUUUUAUGCAACCCUUUUCUGCAUGCAUCUCAGACGUCCUACUGAGGAAUCUGUAGAGCAGGGAAAAAUGGUGGCUGUGUUUUACACCACUGUCAUCCCUAUGUUGAACCCCAUGAUUUAUGGACUCAGGAAUAAGGAUGUCAAAGAGGCCUUGAGAAAAGCAUUAGGGAAACAAAAAUUAGGGGAUUAA